UACGAGUAAGUUGUGUGAAGGAGCUCAGAAAGUGUUUAGUUAGUGGCCGAGUGUAUGUGCUAGUGAAAAAGUAUUUGUGUAUAUAUAAAUGGCGACUGACGAAAAAUGGUACUUCACAAAAGAACAAUUAGCGAAUACUCCAAGUCGAAAAUGUGGAAUAGAUGCAGAUAAGGAAUUAAGUUACAGGCAACAAGCUGCCAAUUUCAUCCAGGACAUGGGCCAACGACUUGUCGUUACGCAAUUAUGUAUAAACACAGCUAUAGUUUAUAUGCACCGAUUUUACGUGUUCCACUCGCUGUCACAAUUUCAUAGGAAUUCAAUUGCUGCAGCAGCCCUUUUUUUAGCAGCUAAAGUUGAGGAACAGCCGAGAAAGCUCGAACAUGUAAUUAAAGUAGCUCAUAUGUGUCUACAUCGUGGCGACACAAAUCCUCCCGACGUUAAAUCUGAGGCAUAUCUCGAACAAGCACAGGACUUAGUGUUUAAUGAGAAUGUCUUACUUCAAACGUUGGGAUUUGACGUAGCCAUUGAUCAUCCUCAUACUCAUGUUGUACGAUGUUGUCAUUUGGUUAAAGCGAGCAAGGAUUUAGCACAGACGUCGUACUUCAUGGCAUCAAACAGCUUACAUUUAACCACCAUGUGUCUCCAAUACAAGCCAACAGUUGUCGCGUGUUUCUGCAUCCACUUAGCUUGCAAAUGGUCCAAUUGGGAAAUUCCUCAAAGCAAUGAAGGUAAAAGUUGGUUCUGGUAUGUUGAUCAUACAGUAACAGCUGAGUUGCUUCAACAAUUGACUGCAGAAUUUCUCCAUAUCUUCGAUAAGUGCCCAUCACGGUUGAAGAAGAAGAUAAUGAGUAUUUCUGAAAAACAAAGUCCCAAUAUGCAUCAUCCAAGUUUGCCCAAUUCUCCAUUCGAUGCAGAACCAAGAAAGGUACAAUCACCUGCAGCAGAUAGUGGUCCAACUUUCCAGUCAGCUCGACCAUUUCCUACUGAAGAAGAUAAAAAGAAAUCUUCUAAUUUACCACCAACUCGUCCACCAGUUGAUUACCGAGAAUAUCGGGAGAAAAAAGAACGAGAACGUUUGGAAAGAGAGAAAAUAGCUUUAGCAAGUGGAUCUUCAUCUUCGCAGCCUCAUUCACAAGAUAUAAAGCAUCAUUCUUCUCAUCACCACAAGCAACCGUCCUCAUCAGCACCUUCUACAGUAGUUCCUACGUCAUCAGCAUCAAAUAAAAACUUACCAUUACCAAGCCAAAAGACUAAUAUUCAUCACAAUCAUCAUCAUAGACCAGAUAUGAAACUUCAGCCGUCAUCACAAAGGCAUUCCACCAGUUCACAAGCGCGAGAUCCAGCUCGCGAUGCAUCUCGACAACGAGUUCCUAGAGAUUAUAAAUCAGGACAAGCUCCUACUGCUGUUCCUUAUUCACACAAUCAUCCAGGAAGCCAUUCGAAGGAUGGGAACGUUAUUAGUGAAAAUUCUUCAAAUGAAAUGCUCCCAGUUUUACCCGAAAGUAGUCAACCUCAUCAGAAUCCUGCCGAAAAAGUUAAUAAUAAUCACAACGUUCAUAGGCUUGUGCAACAUGAUAAACGAUUUUAUGAUUCGCGACAUAAACUUAUUGAUCAUCGAAAAGAUGAACGGAAAAAUUAUCCCAAGUAUGGCGAACAAGUGCGUAAUGAUAAACCCAAAAAGCCACCAGAUUCAUUAGAACAACGUAGUGAAGAAGUAAGAAAGCUUAUAGAAAAGCCAUUGCCACUUCCCAAACCUCGCGCUGAAAUUCAAAAAGAAGAGUAUAUUGCCAGUAUGCUUAAACAAUCACAUCAUCCAGCACCAAAUAAGUACAAUCUCGAAAUACCAGUGUCGUCAAGUAAUUCUAACCGGAAUACAUUUCCACCAAAGGGUAUGAUGAAACUACAGCCAGUGUUUCCAGGAACAGUUAGUCAACAGCAUCCCCACAAUGUCACACAGAUUUUGAAGGACACAAAAAAUGGAACUUCAAAUAUAAAUAUGAAUUCCAAUGUUGGUAAUGUUGAUGAAAAAGUGGAUAAACGUGUAAAGCCCGAAGAAACAGUGACUCAAGUACCUCCAGUUAGACAUAAAUCAAUUUUUAGUCCAGUAAAAAUGCCGAAUAGUAGUGAAUCAACGCCAUCAAAUCGUAGUAAAGUAGGAAGACAAAAAACUCCACCGAUUUCAACGAAAUCAAUCAAACCUGAGCGUUCGUCUGAAAUACCACAAGGUUUAAAUAUGAUUUGUUCACCACCAUUCAGUUCACCGAGUUUAUCUCAAUUGCAAUUAUCAUCAAAUUUAGCUCAACAUACGCCAAUAAAUAGUAAACGUAAUCAUAUGCCGCAUUUAGGUGAUCCAGAACCACCAGCAAAAGUAAAACUUGAUGAGCUAGAUUGUUUAAGUAUGAAAUCAUUAUCUGAUUUUUCAGAACCACCAAUAGACUUAAAAUUCGAUCCAUUAGAGUCGUUUGACUCAGAAUUAAGUAGUUCGAAAAGUAUUUUAACCAAUGGAUUAGAUGCUAUAAACUUGAAUUCACAAAAAAGUGAUAGUGAAAAAUUAGAUAAUUCAUCAAUAAAUAUGAAAGUUGAAUAUCUAAGUCCUAUGAAAUCAGCACAGAGUAUAAGUGCAUUACUUGCAGAGCCUUUAGCACCAAUGCCUUCAUUGCUUCAAAACUUAUCUGAUGAUUCUGGUAAUUUUUCUCAAUGUACUGAUAAUUAUUCUGUACCGAGUCAGAAUUUAACUCAACCAUCAGAACCUCGUGCUCAAGUGAUGACAAACAGUGUAAAUGCCGAGCCACAUAUUGACGAAUCUUUCGUUCUCUCAACCGUUGACAUUAGUGCACUUUCUGCUCCUGUCCAGACUGUUCCUGAAGUGCCAAUAGUUGUUAAUUCACAAUCAGAUAUUAAGUUAAAAGUUGAGCAUCAUAAAAGUGAAAAGAAAAAGAAAAAGGAUAAACAUAAGCAUAAGGAUAAGGAUAAGAGCAAAGAGAAGCACAAACACAAGCAUAAGGAUAAGGAUCGAGAAAAGCAUCGUGAUAAAGAAAAGGAUAAGGACCGCAGUAAAGAUAAGGAGAAGGAAAAAGAAAGUAAUAAAGAACGUGAAAAAUUUGAUGAUAAUGCUACUGCACCAAUUAAAAUCACUAUUCCAAAGGAUAAAUUAAAUCUCUCGUCGGACUCAAGUAUUUCUCAAGAUAAAAAAAGUCCUCAAAAUACAGGGUUGAAAAUAAAAAUCCCUAAAGAAAGACUCAAAGGAUCUGAAUCAUCAGUCACUCCAGUUCUUCGUGAUGCUCAAGCUCCACUGAAGAUUAAGAUCCGUACUAAUGCGGCUCUUUCGCAAGAUUACAAUACAGAUAAUCGUAAACGUGAACGAGAUACGAGUUUAGACACUAGUGUAUCAGCACCUCCAGCUAAAAAGUUGCAAUUAUCAAGUGUUAAUCAAACCCCAAACCAAUUAAGUCAGCAGCUAUUGCAGCAAAUGCAACAACAUCAACAACAUGCGAGACCGAAUGAGAGGCAAAAUGGACGUCAUUAUAAUUCAAGCAGUAACAACAAGGUACGUGGAGGCGGCAGAGGACCUCUUCCUAGACAAUUUAAUCCCCGAAUCCCGCCUUCUAGUCUUUUUAAUACAAACUUACGUGAUAAUUAUUAUGUUAAUAAUAAUAAACAGAGUAAUGAGCAUGAUAUUUACAAUAGAAACAUGAGAAUUCCUGAUUUUAAUCGACAGAUUAAUCAAAAUAAUCACAAUAAUACUCAGCAGCAGGAUCCAUCAUUUUUUUUUGCUAAUUAUCCACCCCCUCAACUAUUCAAUACUACGGGUUAUUAUUGCGAUCCUAAUUUAUAUUAUCAACAGUAUCAACAAUUUACUAUGUAUCCACAAUCCAAUGUUAUUCUUACGGCUGAUGGUGCCAUUGACACUUCUAUUCCACCACCAAAUCUUGCUAUCUCUUCAGCUAAUUCUUCAUCGACAACUACAUUCAAUCCUAUGCAAAGUCAAACUUUUAAUCAUUCGCAAAACUCACAAACACUCCCACCGCUUCCUAAUGAACCACCACCCAUUUCUGAACCACCUCCACCACCACCACCAGAGUAAUUCAUACAAUCAGAAAUAUUUUUCAUCAUUUUUUCCACCCUUUUCCUAUUUUUAUUCCUUUUUGUCGCCCAUAUUUACUUAAAAUAAUGAAUUUGUGAAUGGUAGAUUGAAAAAAAUCAUGAUUAUUAUGAUAAAAAAUAUUUAUAUAUUUAAGUAGAAAGCAUGGCAUUGUAUAAUUAGUUAGAUCUUUAGUUGAUAUUCUAAUUAUUUCAUUUUUAAAAAUUUUUUCUGUUUUCUUUUUGUCUCUAUUUUUUCAUUUGGUAUGUUCUAAUGUGCAAUUGCUCUGUUUGCAAUCACUUUUCUUUUUUAAAUUAUGAAUCGUCAUAUUUACUCCAUUACAUUCAAUAAAUUUAAUUAAAUUAUAACCUUCGCUUUCCUUUUUAUUACGAACGACAAUAGUAAUGGAGGUAAUAUUUAUAAAAAAGAAAAAAAAAUAACGAACAAAUGAAACACAUUGAAAAAUCCAUUCAACAAAAAAGAUAGUGAAAUUUAGUUAAAAUAUUUUUUUACAUAGCUUCUUUUUAUUUAUAAAGUAUAUUUUAAAUACCGAAUGUAAUGAUGAAAUAGUGCAUAGGAAAUUUGAGUAGAAUGAUUUUUGCAUGGAACGUUACCUUUGCUGGCAAAGGAUGGAAAAAAUGCAAUGAUAGAAAAAAUGUAGGUAGGACUGAUAUAAAUUAAUUUUAUAAUAAAAUUCAAUUGCUUUUUAUUGAAGACAACAAAUAAUUAAAUAAUGAAUUGCUAUAAAUAUUAUGAGAAAA